AUGGCCAGAUUCACUCAGACUGAGACAAGAGGGGAGCAGCAUCCACAGCCGCCCCAUCCCGCUUACUCCAGCCUGCUUUUCACUGGACCCGGGGCAGCACCGACCCAACAUCCACUCCUCCUUAUCUCACACCAGCACCAGUACGCUCAGAUCCCAUUCCCAAAACCCAUGAACGGGUCAGAAUCCAUCUCCAUUCAUCCGGAGAACGGCACCAUGAAAGACCAAGAUGCCAUAAAACUCUUUAUCGGGCAAAUACCGCGGAACCUUGAGGAAAAAGACCUGAAACCCUUAUUCGAACAGUUUGGGAAAAUUCACGAAUUGACAGUAUUGAAGGACCGAUACACCGGCAUGCAUAAAGGCUGCGCGUUCCUCACCUACUGCGCCCGCGAGUCGGCCAUCAAAGCCCAGAACGCUCUCCAUGAACAGAAGACGCUGCCGGGGAUGACUCGCCCCAUCCAGGUGAAGCCAGCUGACAGCGAGAGCCGUGGAGAAGACAGGAAGCUGUUCGUGGGGAUGCUGAACAAACAACAGACAGAGGAGGACGUGUAUCGUCUUUUCGAGCCGUAUGGAGUUAUCGAAGAGUGCACUGUGCUAAGAGGUCCUGACGGAAACAGCAAAGGCUGUGCCUUUGUAAAGUUCUCCACACAUGCCGAAGCUCAGUCCGCAAUCAGUGCCCUGCACGGCAGUCAGACCAUGCCAGGUGCCUCAUCCAGCCUGGUGGUCAAGUUUGCCGACACGGACAAGGAGCGCACCAUCCGUCGCAUGCAGCAGAUGGUGGGUCAGUUUGGGAUCUUCAACCCUGCCAUCGCCCUGCCCUUCAGCACCUACAGCACCUACGCACAUGCGCUGAUGCAGCAGCAGGCGGCCCUCAUGGCUGCCAGUCACGGAGGCUAUCUGGCACCCAGCGUGGCCUUUCCCACCACUCAGAUCCACCAGAUGGGGGCGCUCAAUAUCAACAGCCUGCCACCCAAUUCUAUGACCCCGGUGUCGGGCCUCAGCUCACCUCCUGCAAACAUCACCACAUCAGGCGUCCCUAGCAUCGUCACUCCAAUUGUCAAUGGCUUUACCAGCAUCCCUCACCAGCCCAACGGACACCCUGCAGUGGAGGCUGUUUACACCAAUGGUCUGUCCCCCUACUCCACCCAAAGCGCCACGGCUGCCGACACCCUACAGCAGGCCUUCACUGGGGUGCAACAAUAUACAGGACCAGAGGGCUGCAACCUCUUCAUCUACCAUCUGCCACAAGAAUUUGGUGAUAACGAGCUCAUGCAGAUGUUCCUUCCAUUUGGAACAGUCAUCUCUUCCAAGGUCUUUAUGGACAGAGCCACCAACCAGAGCAAAUGUUUUGGUUUUGUGAGUUUCGACAACCCAGCAAGUGCACAGGCUGCUAUCCAGGCCAUGAACGGAUUUCAGAUUGGCAUGAAGAGGUUGAAAGUGCAGUUAAAACGGCCGAAGGAUGCGAGCCGCCCGUACUGACAGGGCUCAAUCAACACAGGGCUCUCUGCAACAGCACAGGAUUUGAAGAGUGAAAUCUCUAAAGGAAUUUAACAUUUUCUUUAAAAACAAACCAGAAAAACAUGAAUGGAUUUUUUUUGAAGACAUAUCAG